AUCCUAAAAUUAAAAUUAGUUUUCUAACAUUUUCAUUUUAGAAAUAAUUCCUUUUGUUCAUACCAUUACUAAUUUGACAACAUUGAGAAAUUUAAGUCCAGAGUGAUGCACAAAUUUUAGCUCAACCGAUAAAAAAAUAUUGCAGUAACCAGAGUUCAAACUCUCACACCUCGAACUACUUGUAUGUAUAAAUAAGUUGGUUCGAGAUCCAACCGAUGCAGAACUUGGCACAGUAGCAAUACGGGCAUUCAAGUAGAGUCCAUAUCGAUGGAGGUCUCAGUCUCAGAUGACGAUGAUGAAGUUAUCCUCGUUUGCACCAACCUUGAUCAUCAUCCAAUCCAAACAACACAAGAAAUUCUCCUUUCAACCACUGAUAUCAUCGUUUCCGAUUUAUCAACAUUUCUCAAUUUUCACACUAUCAAAAUUCAGAUACAUCGCAAUAGACUCAUUGAACAAUCUAUGUAUUUCCGAGGCCUCCUCGGCGGAAGCUUCAGUGAAUCAUGUUUGGGCUCUAUCACUAUCAACUGGAAGUUGCCUGUGUUUGUGCAAAUUCUUAAGCAUAUGUGUGGCUGUCCAUUGGAUAUUACUACCGAAAAUGUCCUCUCUCUUUAUGAGGGUGCGCUUUAUUUUGGAGUGGAGGCACUUCUCUUAAAGUGCGAGACUUGGUUUUCCGAGGUAUUCUCUCCUAAUGGAUUUCGAUUAACGCAAAUACAGAUGGAGGAUUUGAUCCAAAUCUGGACAUAUGGCUUGGAUCAUGCAAGUGAUUUCACUCUAAACUUAUGUAUUGGCUACCUAGCAAGAAAUUUUAUGUGGGCCAAGCAGAACAUAUGUUUUGGAAAAAUUCCAUAUAACUUGCUGUUAUCUUCAGUAGAGCACCCUCAUUUGACUAUUGAAAGUGAGAUGCAUCUUUCUGAUGCACUUCUUCUUUGGCUUGAAAGUAACAUGGAAAAUUUGGAGAGGCAGAGCGAAACAGAAGACAAUUACAUUGGAAUUUUAAAACAAGUUCAUGUGGACCUUUUGCCUUUGUGGUUUGCUGCAGGAAAAAGGAACUCUUAUAAUUUUAGGCAGCUGGCUGAAGAAAGCCUUGGUUCAAUUUUCAGAGCACUGAAUAUUCUACCGAUAGGUUCCCUUGAUAUUUCCGGGUACAGUGACUUGCAACAUCUCAGGAUUCGAAUUACAGAAUAUUCGAAGAAAAUCGACCUUUCAAAUUGUCCGCAAAUAACAUCUGCAAUACUGCUUCUGUCACUCAUACCUGCAUCAUAUCUAACGGAUCCCAUGCAAAGGAAGAUUAUAGAACAAUUCUUUAUUAAUUCUGGACAUCCUAUAGAAGAGAAAUAUGAAUUCCCACCAAAACUGUUAGAACCUGUUAUAUUUGAAGCAGUUCAGGAAGUGGAUAUCUCGAAGUGUCGAACACUGCUUAUUGAACAUGCUGUUGAUUGCUUCAGCCAGUCCUUUCCUUCUUUAAGAAUAUUAAAAGUAGCUUAUCUUUUGCAUAUCAGAACAACCAGUUUCCUCCAGUUAUUGGAGAAGUGCUCUUUGGUCAGUGAAAUUGACUUGACUGUUGAUGUUACUCCUCUAAUACCAGCAUCAGUUACAGUUGUAUCCUCUAGUACUGCUGUGACACCACUGGUACCAGAGAAUACCUCAAGUCUUAAAUAUAAAACAGUGGAAAUCAUGUCAUUUCAUGACUCUAGACAUCGAAUAUCUUGUGUUACAAAGCUCACAUUGGAAGGAAGAACUGAUGUCAGUGAUUUGAGUCUCCAGUAUAUCUCCAAAUUAUGUGUUUCAUUGUGUCACCUGAAUAUUAAAGGAUGUAUCUAUGUCACGGAUAUUGGCAUAUCAGGUCUCAUAGACCGAUGUGAAAAGCUUAAUUCAUUAGUGGUCUGUGAUACUUCAUUUGGGAUAAAUUCAGUCGAAGCUCUUUGUUCAGCCAACUUUCCCUCUUUACGUUCUGGAGAUAAGCAUUUGAAUUCUUUGGUGGGUAAUCUUCAAGCUCUGCAUAUGGGUGGCUGCAUAGGUGUUUCUGAGUUAUCUCUACAAGAUCUUAUGUCCCAAUCACAAGUUUUGAAGAGUCUAUGCCUGAGAGGGACUCACUUGGUUGACCGGGCACUAUAUAAUUUCAAAGGUUCUUCAUUGGAGAUGCUUGAUGUGUCAGACACCAAGAUUUCUGAAGCUGCGUUAAGUUACGUUAUUCGUAGACAUCCAAAUUUGAAGAGUCUGAAAGCAAGAGGUUGCACAAAUUUGUUAAAAGGAGAUAGUUCUAUUGAAAAGAGAGAAUGUAGCUCUUCCUCCUUGCAUGAGGAACUACAUGCUGAGUUAGGAAAGAAGUGUAGAUUGGAAGAAAUUGAAUUUGGUUGGGGUUUUUCUUCCUUCUCUCUACGUGCUUUGGAACCUGCGCUGAUGUCAUUAAAGACCAUCAAUGUAGGUUUAGGUGGAAUGUUAGGUGAAGAUGCACUGAGAGAAUUACCAGCAAUCUGUCCCCUGCUAGAAACAAUAAUUCUUUAUUUUCAGGUAUUAUCUGAUAUCAUUGUGACGAGAAUAGCUAUGUCAUUGAUGAACUUACAAGUAUUAGCUCUGUGCUAUUGCUUUGGUGAUAUAUCCAUAUCAAGCUUCAAAUUCCCCAUGCAAAACCUAAGAAAGUUGAGGCUUGAAAGAGUAACCCCAUGGAUGACCAAUGAUGAUUUGGUUAUUUUAACUCAAAACUGUAGAAAUGUGGUUGAGCUUUCAUUGCUGGGAUGUCCUCUUCUUAACUCAGAUUCUCAACAGAUAAUUUCACGUGCAUGGCCAGGCUUGGUCUCUAUGCAUCUAGAGGAAUGUGGAGAAAUAACAGCAAAUGGGGUCUCUGCCCUUCUUGACUGCAGAGCUCUUGAAGAUCUUCUGUUGCGUCAUAAUGGGCCUGGGAUACAAAGAAACUUCAUUUCUCACGCAGCUUCGAAGAUGCCAUUGCUUCGAAAAUUGUCACUGGAUGUAUGUGAUGCAAGUGAAGGUGGUUUUGAUAUUCCAAAUUAUGCUGCAGACAGAUACUUUUUGAGUACCUUGAAGAUAGCAAGAUGCAAAUCUCAAAGAUGUUUACUUAAUUUCCCAGUUCCUUCUCGUAGACGAUCCGUGCAUGUAGAAACACUGGUGCUUGUGUGGAACAGCAACAAUCUCACCAGAACAGUGGUGAAGGAAAGGCUUUAGUGCUGAAGAAUUAGUAACUUGUAAGUUGUAAAUGAUAUAAUGAAGCCACCUCUCUUUUUGAAAAGAUGGGAGAUUAUUUAGAAUUAACAUGGUAUUCUUGCUUCUGCCAAAAUUUAAGAGAAACAUCACGUUUAGGCUUUACCAUAAACUUGAGUAGCUGUUUUGAACA